UAGGACACCAAAUCGACAGCGUUCAUUUGCUACAAAUUUGUAGCAUGAAGAAUUCAUACUGGUUUAAGCAAACUACGAGCAAUGGGAAGCGGGAGAGACGGCUUUCUUUAGGAGAGUACAAGCGAGCAGCGUCAUGGUCCAAGUACUUGGUAUCAUCAGGAGCAGCGAUAAAGGGGGAGGGAGAAGAGGAAUGGAGCGCCGACAUGUCACAGCUGUAUAUAGGGAGUAAAUUUGCUUCAGGAAGGCAUAGCAGGAUCUACAGAGGAAUUUACAAGCAAAGGGAUGUGGCUAUUAAACUCAUUAGUCAGCCUGAGGAAGACAGAGACUUGGCUGCAUUGUUAGAGAAACACUUCACUUCUGAAGUUUCCUUAUUGCUUCGGCUAAAUCACCCUAAUAUCAUCACUUUCAUUGCAGCAUGUAAGAAACCACCUGUGUUUUGCAUUAUCACGGAAUACCUACCUGGGGGCUCCCUAAGAAAAUACCUCCAACAGCAGGAGCCAUACUCGCUCCCUCUCAACCUAGUCGUGAAAUUGGCCCUUGACGUUGCACUAGGAAUGCAAUAUCUUCAUGCUCAAGGGAUAAUUCACAGAGAUCUUAAGUCAGAAAACCUACUUCUUGAUGAGGAUAUGCAUGUGAAAGUGGCAGAUUUUGGGAUCUCAUGCUUAGAAUCUCAAAGUGGAAGAGCAAAGGGGUUCACCGGUACUUACCGUUGGAUGGCACCAGAAAUGAUCAAGGGAAAGAACCAUACAAGGAAAGUUGAUGUUUAUAGUUUUGGUAUUGUUCUAUGGGAACUUAUAACUGCAUUGACACCAUUUGAUGACAUGACUGCGGAGCAGGCGGCGUUUGCAGUCUGCCAGAAGAAUGCACGUCCACCAUUGCCAGCUGCAUGUCCAACAGCAUUUUGUAAACUCAUCAACCGAUGCUGGGCAAAUAAUCCAAACAAGCGGCCAUACUUUGAGGAGAUUGUUACCGUUCUUGAAAGUUAUGCAGAAUCACUUGAGCAAGAUCCAGAAUUCUUUUCAUCAAAUGAGCCCCCUCGACAUCAUAUCAUGUGGCAAUGCUUGUCUAAAUGCAUAUUGUUUAAGCGAUCUACUUCUCCGAGGACUUAGGAGAUAGACCUGAUAUUAUGCAUCGUGUUUUUUCCUUGAGCGAUCUAGGUUGUUGUACCAUAUUUUGGCUUCCUUGUGUAGCUUUCACUACUCAACUCUAAAUUAUAGUUGUAAAUUUGUGCUGAAAGGUUUUCUUUGUGGUGUUGGAGACAUUAA